AUGAUUCGAAUAACUAUUGUCGCUAUUAUUACUCUUUUUUUACAACAAUAUAUUGAAAUAACACAAGCAGUAACAUGCGCAAGUAAUCCAUGUGGUCUUGUACCUGGUGUCUAUGAGCCAGCAAAUGGCUAUUGUUGUUUGGAUAUUCCGCCUAAUUAUAGAGAUUCAUUAUGUACAUGCCCAAAUAAUGUUCAACCUGUUGUUAAUGCACCUUGUCGUACUAGUACAAUUCAGUCUCGUUGUACUAAACUAUGUGUUAAUGGUGGUGUAUGUAAUGUAGUUAAUGGUCAAGAAGUAUGUUGGUGUCAAUUAGGUUUUAGUGGCGUACAUUGUGAAAUUCAAGGUAUUCAAAAUCGUUGUUAUCCUGGAUUAUGUCAAGCUGGAAUUUGUUACGAGCAAGCGAUUGGAUCAAGUAAUUAUGCAUAUUGUCAAUGUACACCUGGCUGGACAGGAAUAACAUGCAAUCAAUGUUAUUUUACAUGUACACAACAAGGUAUCUUUCCUGAUACAGCACAAUGUGCAAUUGGUCGAUAUUUUUACUGUCCACAAGCAUCUGGUGCACCUACCGCUGCUGUUUGUCCAGCUGGACAAAGAUUUAACCGUCUAACAAGACAAUGUGACAGUACAUAUCAAUGCACGUAA